GGACGGGACGGCACGGAACAGGAGGGGCGGCCCCGCAGCCAUGGCGCCGCCGCCCGGCGCGCUCUGCCUGUUCGACGUGGACGGCACCCUGACACCGCCGCGGCAGAAAAUCUCGGCGGAGAUGGCGGCGUUCCUGCAGCGGCUGCGGCAGAAGGCGAAGGUGGGAGUGGUGGGCGGCUCGGACUUGGCCAAGAUCCGCGAGCAGCUGGGCGAGGACGUGAUUGAAAAAUAUGACUAUGUGUUCUCAGAAAAUGGCCUGGUAGCAUACAAAGAUGGGAAAUUCCUGAGCAAGCAGAGCAUUCAGGGCCACCUGGGCGAGGACAUCCUUCAAGAUGUCAUCAACUACUGCCUGAGUUACAUUGCAAAGAUUAAGCUGCCAAAGAAGAGAGGCACUUUCAUUGAGUUCCGAAAUGGGAUGUUGAAUGUGUCCCCCAUUGGAAGAAGCUGCAGCCAGGAAGAACGACUUGAGUUCUAUGAACUUGAUAAAAAGGAGCAUAUAAGAGAGAAAUUUGUAGCUGAUCUACAAAGAGAAUUUGCAGGCAAAGGCCUCACAUUUUCAAUAGGAGGACAGAUAAGCAUCGAUGUGUUCCCAGAUGGCUGGGAUAAAAGGUACUGCUUAGGAAUUGUUGCCAAGGAUGGAUACAAGACUAUUUAUUUCUUUGGAGACAAGACCAUGCCAGGAGGGAAUGACUAUGAAAUUUUCACAGACUCCAGAACAGAAGGCCACAGUGUCACAUCCCCACAGGAUACAAAAAGAAUCUGUGAAGAGCUAUUUUUUAAAUAAAAGAUUUCCAGAGUUCACACUUACAAGACAGUUAAAAGAGCAAAAUCACUUGAAAUAUCAUCAUUCUGUAUUGGUUUUUUGUAAUUGGUCAUGAAUAGCAGGUGCUUUGCAGGUCAGUAAUUACUAAAGGGAAAUGUUUUUAAUUGAAGGCCCCUUGCUGCCUGGGGGAACACAGCAGAGCUCAUUUAGCACCAUCCUUUGUUUCCAAUCACAUAAAUUGUUUUCUUUUUGUUUGGUUGUGGGCUUUGGGUUGGGUUAUAUUUUGGGUUGGUUUUUAAGACAGCUAUAAACUUCCUUAACUAAUUAAUUACAAUUUAGGGAGGGAAAGGGUGACAUAAUCUGCAUCUAGUUGAUUCAUGGUCUCAAAAUUGGCCUGAAAGGCUUAAUCCCUUAGUAUUUUUAUGUUGAGGCAGCUUGCAGUGGGUUGUUUUUUAAAUACUUACCAUGUGCUGUAUUAAUUAACAUGAAUUAUAAGACAGUUUCUUGUCUAAAACUGGAAGAUGAGUAAAAGGGAAUGGUUUUAUUGUCUUCCUGGGGUUGGGAAGAUGGCAGUGAACCAGAAGUCCCUGACUGCCAUCCCUUGGAAUGCUGGACCAGCUGGUGCCAAAGUUCCCUCCUCAGGAUGAAUGUGGUCAAAGGCAGAAGUCAGGUCAUGGUACCUGCACUCUCUGCAGACCAAAUCUAAAAAACCAUUUGUAAAAAUUAAUGAAAAUAACUUCAGCAUAUUAGCAAAAUAUAUUUCUGUCACUUUCUGAUCAUUUUCUGAGAUUCCUGGUUAAGGCAUUAAGAGUAGGUGAGAUUUUUCAUACUACAAAAAUGACCUAAAUUAUGUUUUUAUUAAAAUUCAAGUCAAUGCCUGACAGUCUGUGUAACUGUUAAUAUUACUUUUCUCAUCUGGCAUUAGGAAAGUAAUCUUGCAUAUAAACGGUUUGACUUAGUAAAGGACAAUAAAAUGUGAUUUUAUCAUGAAAAAAUACUGUAUUGAUUUGUCAUUUUGGUAAAUAAAAUACUUGAAGCAGA